UUACAGGUACUUCUUAAAUGUACGCCUGGUACUCUGAAGUAUACUUCAAUGUACCCCAGAAUGACACAUACACAGAAAAGUGUGGCGGCCUCCAAAAUGUUCAAAAUGAGAAAACGAAAGACAGAAAGCAAUACCUGGGAAAGUGACCUUAAAAGCGAGAGUACAAUUAGAAAGGACUUUGAUUCCAAAACCCAAACUUGCGUAAACACAAUAUCGGCUAGGGUAAGUCCAGAGACAUUAAAUUCAGACCAAACAAUAGAUUACUUCAACUCUGUUUCUGUCAAAAUUGAGACUGAUGAAUGGUAUAAUACGGCUUCUGAUUUCUAUUCUGUGUGUGCCAAAUCAGAACAGGUUUUAUGUGAAGACAGACAUCCAGAUUGCAACAAACAAGAUGCCUUCAAUUUAGUACAUGAACAAACAGGAUGUUUACAUUAUAUGGAUCAGGAUAACACCAAGCAAGAUGGCUUCACAUAUGAAUGUGUGAAGUCAGAACAGACGGAAUGUGAAGUUAUGCAUCAAGAUUUCACAAGACAAGCUGUAUGUGUGAACGAAAAUACGACUGCGCAUGAAUAUACAGUACAAUUUCAGCUCACUUCUGUAUGUGGGAAAACAAAACAGUCUCUUAAUCCAAAUACAGACCAGAUUUAUCCAACAACUAAUGACAUCAAUUAUGAAUGUGGUUUAGCUAAACAGUAUAUAAAGACAGAAACAAACACUGGAAAUACAACAGAAAAUGAUCACAAUGCUUUAUGUGAUCAUACAUGUUCAAACACACCUGAAAAUCAAGCUAAACUGACCGACCUUAAUUCUGUAUUUCUGACAAGGAAAUGGAUUGAACUUUCAAAAGUUGACCAAUAUUGUGCUACUGAUUUUUAUUCCUUGUGUGCCAAAUCAGAACAGGUUCUAUGGGAAGAGAGACAUCAAGAUUGCAACAAACAAGAUGGUCUCAAUUUAGUACAUGAACAAACAGGAUCACAAUGUUUACAGAUUGACCGAGAUUACGCUAAACAAGAUGGCUUCACCUCUGAAUGUGUGAAAUCAGAACAGGCAGAAUGUGAAGUUAUACAUCAUGAUGUAACCAGACAAGCUUGCUUCAAUUCAGUAUAUGUGAACAAAAACACGACUUCCAAUUCAAAUGCACAAGAUAAGUUGCAUUCUGUAUGUGUGACAACAAAAGAGUCUCUAACUCCAAUUAUAGACCAGAGUUAUAUAACAACAGAUGACUUCAAUAAUGAAUGUGGUAUAGUUAAACAGUAUAUAAAGACAGAAACAGACAAUGGAAAUACAACAGCAAAUACAAGUACACAUUCAAAAACACCAGAGAAUCAAGCUAAACUGGCCGACCUAAAUUUUGUAUUUCUGACAAGACAAGAGAUUGAACUUUCAAAUGAUGGCCAGUAUUGUGCUAAAUCAGCUGUGGGCGGAGGGACAAUACAAAUGGACCAAAACUCCAACCAUAAUGUUCCAACACAUUCGAACUCGGAAAAAGAUGACUCAUUUUUAUUUGCACGUUAUAGGAACACCCAUGGCUGGCGAGCGAUUCGGGGGCAUUCAGAUAAUGCUGUGACAAGGAAUGCCUCCCUUUCCCUGGAACCGGCUAAGAUGAAAUUGGAGGAAAAGGGUGACCAUGCGAAGAAUGUAAAGAGAAUGAAAAAAACGAGGACUCCAGAAAAAGACAAUACAGAGUACAGUCUUCAAGAGAGGAACCCAGCCAGCUGUACGAACCUGGAACCUCCAGAUAAUGACCAUUUUCUCUACUGUGGAGAAUGCAACAAGGAGUUUGAAGGUGAAUGUCCUGUCCAUGGACCCUACCACUACAUACAGGAUAAAGAGGUGCCAGAAGAAGUCCUUCGAAAAGCUGAACAUUCCAUGCCAGAUUGCCUUGAAAUCAAAACGUCCAAAAUAGCUGGAGCUGGUCUUGGAGUGUUUUCCGAUGAGAGACUGAAAUCCAGGAUAAUGUUUGGACCGUGUGAGGGCGAUAUCAUCACUGACAACCAUAAGUCCGCAUAUUGCUGGAAGAUCUACGGAUUUGAUGCAAGGGUUCUGGACGAUACAUUUGAAAAUGUAACUUCUAAUGAAGUAGCCAGCAUUCCGACUCCUGAACUAAAUGAAGAAUUUGAGGACAUUGACAUUUGCACGGUUAAAAAACGUAUUUUAGAGCAAGGAAACAAAGCAACAUUGAAAAAAACAAAAAAUGACGUUGACAAAUUUAAAAGAUUCCUGAAAUUAAAAGGCGAGAGCAGAGAACUGCAUGUACUUGAUGUUGAUAUUUUAGAUGAAUAUGUGGCAAAUUUCAUUCUUUCAUGCAAGACCAAGUCAGGAACAGAUUACGAACCCUCUAGUAUUAGAAACAUCAUGUCAAGCAUAGAUAGGGAACUAAAACACCACAAAUAUCCAUAUCUGAUCAUGUCGAACACUGGCCCUGAGUUCAGACUAUCGAGGGAUGCCUUCGCAGCAAGGUCCAAGAGUCUAAAGGGACAAGGCAAAGGUAACAAACCGAAAGCUGCUUCUCCAUUGACUGACGACGAGAUUGAGGCUUUAUACCAGAAACAAAUUCUUGGUUGUCAGACUCCCAGUUCCUUGCUGAAUACCAUGUGGUAUAACAACUGUGUCCACUUUGGCCUUCGGCGAACCAUGGAGCAGUAUACUCUCUGCUGGGAAGACGUUACCCUCAGAACGGCAGCAGAUGGCACGGAGUUCCUGGAACUGAAUGAGCGCCAGACCAAAACAAGGAAAGAGGAUGACUUUUCCAACAUAAGGAAAGUGCCACCUAGGAUGUAUGCCACACAAGAUGACAGAUGCCCCAUCGCAGCCUACAAGUUGUUUGCCUCUAAGCGACCCAGUGGAUAUUGUCAACCAGGAAGUCCAUUUUACAUUGCGCCUAGGACCUGGGCUUUGACAGGACCAGAUGACCAGUGGUUUAUUAUGCAGAGGGUCGGCCUGAAUAAACUGGGAAGCAUUGUUCAAAGGAUGGCUGAGCAGUGCGGGCUGGACCGUCAGCGCCUGACUAACCACUCUGUUCGCAAGCGAAUGGUCAAAAUGCUCAGGGACGAAAACGUUGCAUCUACUGACAUUAUGCAUUUCACAGGCCACAAAAACAUCCAAUCUGUAUUGAAUUAUUGUGCGAUUACUGAAUCCACACAGAAGGCCGGAUCACACAUCCUGUCUGGGAAAUGGGUUCUGGACGAUACAUUUGAAAAUGUAACUUCUAAUGAAGUAACCAGCAUUCCGACUCCUGAACUAAAUGAAGAAUUUGAGGACAUUGACAUUUGCACGGUUAAAAAACGUAUUUUAGAGCAAGGAAACAAAGCGACAUUGAAAAAAACAAAAAAUGACGUUGAAAAAUUUAAAAGAUUCCUGAAAUUAAAAGGCGAGAGCAGAGAACUGCAUGUACUUGAUGUUGAUAUUUUAGAUGAAUAUGUGGCAAAUUUCAUUCUUUUAUGCAAGACCAAGUCAGGAACAGAUUACGAACCCUCUAGUAUUAGAAACAUCAUGUCAAGCAUAGAUAGGGAACUAAAACACCACAAAUAUCCAUAUCUGAUCAUGUCGAACACUGGCCCUGAGUUCAGACUAUCGAGGGAUGCCUUCGCAGCAAGGUCCAAGAGUCUAAAGGGACAAGGCAAAGGUAACAAACCGAAAGCUGCUUCUCCAUUGACUGACGACGAGAUUGAGGCUUUAUAUCAGAAACAAAUUCUUGGUUGUCAGACUCCCAGUUCCUUGCUGAAUACCAUGUGGUAUAACAACUGUGUCCACUUUGGCCUUCGGCGAACCAUGGAGCAGUAUACUCUCUGCUGGGAAGACGUUACCCUCAGAACGGCAGCAGAUGGCACGGAGUUCCUGGAACUGAAUGAGCGCCAGACCAAAACAAGGAAAGAGGGUGACUUUUCAAACAUAAGGAAAGUGUCACCUAGGAUGUAUGCCACACAAGAUGACAGAUGCCCCAUCGCAGCCUACAAGUUGUUUGCCUCUAAGCGACCCAGUGGAUAUUGUCAACCAGGAAGUCCAUUUUACAUUGCGCCUAGGACCUGGGCUUUGACAGGACCAGAUGACCAGUGGUUUAUUAUGCAGAGGGUCGGCCUGAAUAAACUGGGAAGCAUGGUUCAAAGGAUGGCUGAGCAGUGCGGGCUGGACCGUCAGCACCUGACUAACCACUCUGUUCGCAAGCGAAUGGUCCAAAUGCUCAGGGACGAAAACGUUGCAUCUACUGACAUUAUGCAUUUCACAGGCCACAAAAACAUCCAAUCUGUAUUGAAUUAUUGUGCGAUUGCUGAAUCCACACAGAAGGCCGGAUCACACAUCCUGUCUGGGAAAUGGGUUCUGGACGAUACAUUUGAAAAUGUAACUUCUAAUGAAGUAGCCAGCAUUCCGACUCCUGAACUAAAUGAAGAAUUUGAGGACAUUGACAUUUGCACGGUUAAAAAACGUAUUUUAGAGCAAGGAAACAAAGCAACAUUGAAAAAAACAAAAAAUGACGUUGAAAAAUUUAAAAGAUUCCUGAAAUUAAAAGGCGAGAGCAGAGAACUGCAUGUACUUGAUGUUGAUAUUUUAGAUGAAUAUGUGGCAAAUUUCAUUCUUUCAUGCAAGACCAAGUCAGGAACAGAUUACGAACCCUCUAGUAUUAGAAACAUCAUGUCAAGCAUAGAUAGGGAAAUUAAACACCACAAAUAUCCAUAUCUGAUCAUGUCGAACACUGGCCCUGAGUUCAGACUAUCGAUGGAUGCCUUUGCAGCAAGGUCCAAGAGUCUAAAGGGACAAGGCAAAGGUAACAAACCGAAAGCUGCUUCUCCAUUGACUGACGACGAGAUUGAGGCUUUAUAUCAGAAACAAAUUCUUGGUUGUCAGACUCCCAGUGCCUUGCUGAAUACCAUGUGGUAUAACAACUGUGUCCACUUUGGCCUUCGGCGAACCAUGGAGCAGUAUACUCUCUGCUGGGAAGACGUUACCCUCAGAACGGCAGCAGAUGGCACGGAGUUCCUGGAACUGAAUGAGCGCCAGACCAAAACAAGGAAAGAGGGUGACUUUUCCAACAUAAGGAAAGUGUCACCUAGGAUAUCUAUUAAUGCUGGCAAAGGGAGUCAUUUUGUGGAUGCCAAGAGCAAAGCCACCUCUAACUGGAUGAGAUAUGUGAACUGUGCUAUGACGGAGGCAGAUCGGAACCUUAUAGCAUUUCAGUACAGAGGAGGCAUCUAUUACUGCACCAUGAAGCAAGUUUCACCAGACUCUGGAGAAUGCAAUAAGGAGUUUGAAGGAGACUGCCCUGUCCAUGGACCCUACCACUACAAAGAGGUGCCAGAAGAAGACCCUCUAAAAGCUGAACGCACCUUGCCAGAUUGCCUUGAAAGGAAAACAUCCAAAAAAGCUGGAGCUGGUCUUGGAGUGUUUUCCAAGGAGGGACUGAUAUCCAGGAUCAUGUUUGGACCGUAUGGGGGAGAUAUUAUCACUGACAACCGUAAGUCAGGGUAUUGCUGGCAGGGGGAGAUCUAUAAGGCUGGCAAAGCGAGUCACUUUGUGGCUGCCAAGAACAAGACCACCUCUAACUGGAUGAGAAACGUGAACUGUGAUAUGACGGAGGCAGAUCGGAACCUUGUAGCAAUCCAGUACAGAGGAGGCAUCUAUUACUGCACAUUAAAGCCAGUUUCACCAGGUGAGGAACUGCUGGUAUGGUACAGAGAUGAAUUCGUCAGAGAACUUUGCCAUAUCAGAGACAAGAACUUGUCAAUCAGUUAUUCAAAUAUAAACAGUGGUCACUUUGUGGAACACAUGAGUAUAAAAACAGUAGAGAGACCGUACAAGUGUGAGGAGUGUGGUUGUGCAUUCAAACAGAGUGGAGAGAGACCGUACAAGUGUUAG